AUGCAUACCACCCUGCUGCUGGCCGGUCUCGGCCUGGCCACCCUCUCCUCCGCCGGCUGCCCCUUUGCAGAUCCGGCAAACAUCAAGGCGCGCUCCGACGAUGAUGGCUCGCGCGAUCACGUUGCGAGCUACGAAGUCGACGAUAGCGAGGGCUACCUGACUUCCGACGUUGGCGGCCCAAUCGAAGAUCAAACCAGUCUGAAAGCCGGCGUCCGCGGCCCGACCUUGCUAGAGGACUUUAUCUUUCGCCAGAAGAUUACUCACUUUGACCACGAGAGAGUCCCUGAGCGAGCGGUACAUGCCAGAGGCGCCGGUGCCUAUGGAACAUUCACCAGCUAUGGCGACUACUCCAACCUGACCGCGGCGUCAUUUCUCAGUGAGAAUGGCAAGGAGACGCCGACAUUCGUGCGGUUCUCUACAGUCGCUGGAUCCAGAGGAAGUGCCGAUACAGCAAGAGACGUCCAUGGUUUUGCCACGAGAUUCUUCACGGACGAGGGCAACUUUGAUAUUGUGGGAAACAACAUUCCCGUGUUCUUCAUUCAGGAUGCGAUCCAGUUCCCCGACUUGAUCCAUUCCGUCAAGCCUAGCCCCGAUAACGAGAUCCCCCAGGCGGCUACCGCCCAUGAUUCGGCAUGGGACUUCUUCAGCUCUCAGACCAGCACUCUGCACACCCUGUUCUGGGCUAUGGCCGGAUACGGCAUUCCCAGAAGCUAUCGUCACAUGCAGUCUCAGGACGGCCACGGCGUGCACACCUUCCGCCUCGUCAAAGAGGACGGCACUUCGAAGCUCGUCAAGUGGCACUGGAAGACUCUCCAGGGCAAGGCGAGCUUGGUCUGGGAAGAAGCCCAAAUUGUCUCGGGCAAGAACGCCGACUACCACCGCCAAGACCUCUGGGACGCCAUCGAGUCCGGCAAUGGCCCCGAGUGGGAGCUCUGCGUCCAGGUGCUCGACGAGGAGGAUACCCUCAAGUACGGCUUCGACCUCCUGGACCCUACCAAGAUCGUCCCGGAGGAGAUUGCCCCUCUCCAGAGACUCGGCAAGAUGAAGCUGGACGCCAACCCGGUCAACUACUUUGCAGAGACAGAGCAGAUCAUGCGGCAGUUCCAACCCGGCCACAUCGUCAGAGGCGUCGACUUCACCGAUGACCCCCUGCUCCAAGGUCGCAUCUUCUCGUACCUGGACACCCAGAUCAACCGCCACGGCGGCCCCAACUUUGAGCAGCUGCCCAUCAACCGUCCAGUAACGCCUAUUCACAACAACAACCGGGACGGCGCGGGCCAGAACUUCAUCCACCGCAACAAGUACCCAUACACGCCCAACACCUUGAACAAGGGCUUCCCCGCGCAGGCGAACCAGACCCAAGGACGGGGUUUCUUCACGGCCCCGGGACGCACCGUCACCGGCCACCUCGUCCGCGAGGUCUCCGACACCUUCGACGACCACUGGUCUCAGCCGCGCCUCUUCUACAACUCCCUCACGCCCGCCGAGCAGCAGUUCCUCGUCAAUGCCAUCCGCUUUGAAACAAGCCACCUCGAGUCCGACACCGUCAAGCAGAACGUACUCACCCAGCUCAACAAGAUCUCCAACGACAUCGCCAACCGCGUCGCCGACGCCCUCGGCAUGGCCCACCUCCAGCCCGAUCCCAAGUACUACCACGACAACACCACCCAGGGCCUCUCCAUCUUCGGCUCGAAGUUGCCUACCAUCGCCACGCUCAAGGUCGGCGUGCUCGCCAGCCAGGCCGUCAACGGCUCCGUGGCCCAGGGCGCGCAGCUCAAGGACGCCUUCGCGGCCGACGGCGUCCUCGUCACCGUCAUCGCCGAGAAGCUCGCCGACGGCGUGGACAUGACGUACGCUCAGGCCGACGCGACCUCCUUCGACGGCGUCGUCGUCGCCAGCGGCGCCGAGAGCCUGUUCAACGGCACCAACAAGUCGCCCCUCUACCCGGCCGGCCGCCCCGCGCAGCUCGUCAUUGACUCCUACAGGUGGGGCAAGCCCGUCGGCGGUCUCAAUACGGCGCUGAGCAAGUCUCCCUCGCUCGGCGUGGAGGACGGCGACGGCGUCUACUCGGCCGACGGUGUGAGUGCCCUCGUCGAGGACUUCAAGGCGGGACUGGCGACGUUCAGGUUCACCGACCGUUUCGCGAUGGACUAA